GCUGGUCCCCCGCAUCCCUCCAUCCCUCCCCACCCUCCCCGCUUCCCUCUCCUCCUUCCUCCCUCGCUCUGGCCCCGUUGCUCUUCCUCCCCCCUCCCCCCUCCACCCCGGGCCCGCUCCCUACCUCGUCCCGGCCAGCUGUGCCCAGCGUUUGUUGGUCGCCCUGCGCCCAGCCCUCCGGCCAGCCUUCUGCGGGCCCCGCCGCGAUGGAGCUGCCUCAGCCGGAGCCCGCGCCUGGCUUGGCUCUCAGUCCGGCCGGCGCGCGCGGUGGCGCCGAGCGUCCGGGCCACCUCCCGGGCCUCCGGCUGGGAGCUCAUGGCUUCCUGGGGUCCCCGAAGCGCGCGGCCGCUUCCUCGCCGGUCACCACCCUCACCCAGACCAUGUACAACCUCGCCGGGCUUGGCAGUGAGACCCCAAAGACUCAGGUAGGCAGCCUGCUCACACGCCUAUCCCUGUCCCGGCGGGUGUCUGAAUCCUCCCUGUCGUCUGAGUCCUCUGAAUCUUCUGAUGCAGGUCUCUGUAUGGAUUCUCCCAGCCCCAUGGACCCCCAGAUGGCGGAGCAGACGUUUGAACAGGCCAUCCAGGCAGCCAGCCGGGUCAUUCGAAAUGAGCAGUUUUCCAUCCGGCGCUUCCAGUCCUUGCCGGUGAGGCUUCUGGGUCACAGUCCUGUACUACGGAACAUCACCAACUCCCAAGCGUCCGGCAGCUGGAGGAAAAGCGAGGCAUGCAGCCGAGCUGCCCACAGCUCUGGGGAGGACAAAGAGAAUGUGCGCUUCCAGAAGGCUGGAGUGGGAGCAUUCCAGAGAGAGAAGGGGGUGUGCUGGGAUGCUUUUCUGGCAUUUGAUGACGUCCCCCCCGCCCAACCCCGAUCUUGCCCACAGGAUGGAUUUGUCUUCAAGAUGCCAUGGAAGCCCACACAUUCCAGCCACGCCCAUGCUCUGGCAGAGUGGGCCAGCCGCAGAGAAGCCUUUGCCCAGAGGCCAAGCUCGGCCCCCGACCUGAUGUGUCUCACCCCUGAGCGCAAGAUGGAAGUAGAGGAGCUGAGUCCCCUGGCCCGAUGCUGCUUCUCCCUGACCCCCACCAAGGGGGCCACCGAGGAGGAUGAUGGAUUCGUGGACAUCCUGGAGAGUGACUUAAAGGAUGAAGAUGCAGUCCCUCCAGGCAUGGAGAGCCUCAUUAGCGCCCCACUGGUCAAGACCUCGGAAAAGGAAGAGGAGCAGGACCUGAUCAUGCACAGCAAGUGCCAGCGGCUCUUCCGCUCUCCAUCCAUGCCCUGCAGCGUGAUCCGGCCCAUCCUCAAGAGGCUGGAGCGGCCCCAGGACAGGGACCUGCCCAUACAGAACAAGCGGAGGAGGAGCGUGACCCCUUCAGAGGAGCAGCGGGAGGCCGAGGAACCUAAAGCCCGCGUUCUCCGCUCGAAGUCAUUGUGUCACGAUGAGAUUGAGAACAUCUUGGACAGUGACCACCGUGAACUGAUUGGGGAUUACUCCAAGGCCUUCCUCCUACAGACUGUGGAUGGAAAACACCAAGACCUCAAGUACAUCUCACCAGAAACGAUGGUGGCCCUGCUGAUGGGCAAGUUCAGCAACAUCGUGGAGAGGUUUCUGAUUGUGGACUGCAGAUACCCGUACGAGUAUGAAGGAGGGCACAUCAAGACUGCUGUGAACCUGCCCCUGGAACGGGAUGCCGAGACCUUCCUGCUGCAGAGCCCUAUCACUCCCCGUAGUUUGGACAAGAGAAUCAUCCUCAUUUUCCACUGUGAAUUCUCAUCUGAGCGCGGGCCCCGCAUGUGCCGUUUCAUCAGGGAAAGAGACCGCGCUGCCAACGACUACCCCAGCCUCUACUAUCCUGAGAUGUAUAUCCUUAAAGGCGGCUACAAGGAGUUCUUCCCACAGCACCCGACCUUCUGUGAACCCCAGGACUACCGGCCCAUGAACCAUGAGGCCUUCAAGGACGAGCUGAAGACCUUCCGCCUCAAGACGCGCAGCUGGGCCGGGGAGCGGAGCCGGCGGGAGCUCUGCAGCCGCCUGCAGGACCAGUGAAGGGCCGGCGACAGUCCCGCCUGCCUUCCUUGCCUCGCGUGGCCUGGGUGCCAGCCGCCUAGUGGCCUGCAGGGCCGAGGGUCUGCCGGAGGCCCCAGGUGCUGUCCAGGGGAAACACGGCGAGGGUGUCCUGUCCGUCUGUCCCUCGCCCCAUCUCCUGUCUCACUCCAACCAUACUUCAUAUUCUGGUGCUCCCCCCUCUCCCCUCACCCCUGGAAGAGCCCAGCCUGUUGAAAUUGGAUUAAGUCCAGCUCAAAGGAAGUAUUUUGUGUCCAGCAGGAGCCUUUUUGCUUUCUUUCUUCCUUGUUUGGGUUAACCCUUUGUCUUCCUGUGUCCAGAAGGCCCCCUUUUUUCCCAGGGGCUUUGUUUGUAUGUACGAGGCUGGGGGAAACCUACCCCACCCCCCAGGAGGGGCCGAGGCUGCGCUGCUCCCUACCCUGGGAGUGAGCCCUGUGCCUGGCCCUCUGCAGCUCUCCUGGGGGUGUCUGCCAUGUACCCUCCCUCCUGUCCCUCCACACGAACACUUCCAGCACAGACGUAAGCUCUUACUCUUUCCUGUUUCAGUGUUACCUGCUUGAUUUGUUGGUCUGAUUUUCUGUCAUCUCAGGAUAUUCACAGGCUGAGGUUUAGGUUCCCCCUGUGCAGUUGGGGUUAGAGACUCAAAUGUUAAUUACUGGCCCCGGCUUCUUUGCCUCAGAAAGGGAUAUUGUUAUCCUUGGGGGCCCUCGGUGAGGGCUACGGCCUGCAUCCUGAGCCCGCUGCAAGCCCGGCUCCCACUGCUGUGAACCCUGGGGCCUGACUGGUCAGGACCUGCUGCUGUCUUGUCCUGGAUGGACGGAUGAAUGGAUGGAUGGAUGGAUGGCCGUGGAUGCACAAUGCCUUGCACACACAAACCCGCGGAGUGGAAGCAUUUCAGUGAGUGUGACAGCCUGUGGCAGGGAUAUAUGUGUAUCUGUGUGGACAAAAUCUUUACACUUUAAGGUUUGGAAAUAUUCAAGAGGAAACGUCACAGAAGCAGCUAAACCAAGGACAGAGCCACGUCUGGAUUCUGAAUCUCAGGAUGUGGGAAGGGCUGUGUAGAAGCCCUGAUGAGUCACCUGCUAGGGCUUUGUUUCAAUAAAGCACUGAGCAAGUUGA